AUGGAGUCCCUCUGCAGAGUUUUUGGUGGUAUGAGCGUAGUUGCCGACGGAUCUGGCCUUGGGCGUUCAGUGAUGAGGAGGGGUCGGCACCAUCAAGUAUUUGAUAUUGGAGCUUUAUGCGCGAUCGAGGAGGAUCCAAGUGUGCUGCUAGGAUCGUUUCACGCUGAUGCUGCUUGUUUACAAACCAUCGUGGAUGAGCUUUCUCUCUGUCUCAUGUAUUACUUUAGCCCGAUGAACUUCAUUCCCUGGAACUUCGGGUUCCUUUCUGAAACAAUUACUCCAUCGUUUACGCAGGAUCAAGGCGCAGCGCCUCUCAACUCGACAUGGAUACUCGACGGCUCCUGGUCGGGCAUUGUCCUCUCGGUGCCCAAUGCACAGUUCCCAGUUUUCGCCGGCUUUCUCCCCACUUGCGACCACUGCCCCAGGCCCCGGUACUACUUCUCGGUCUUCUUCCAGGAUCCGAGCUCCAACCAGAGCGCACAGGUGGUAUGGCGAGCAGGCGUGCCGGUUUCUGAAGGUGGUAUGCUCAGCUUGACCGCAGAUGGAAACUUGGUGCUAUACAGAGAUGGCCAAGAGAAUAGUCUGGUGUGGUCGACAGGCACCGCCAGGAAAGGAGUCCUAGAAAUGAGGCUAGAGUCAUCGGGUAACUUGGUGCUCAACAAGAUACACUAUGCUAGCCCUGCCUGGCAGAGCUUCUGGAACCCGACCGAUUCGCUGCUGCUGCAGCAAGAGCUGAAGUCAGGAAUGGCCAUGGUUUCUAAUAGCGUCCAAGAGGCAGAGGGAUUCCAAGGCUACUUCACGCUCGAGGUGGGGACUUCGGGAAUAGUGAUGACAGCUGAGGCGCCGGUGUCGCCUCAAAUCUACAAAGUGUGGAGCAAUCCGAGUAGCCUCAACGUGAUCAAGAUGACUCUCGACUCUGGCUGCCAGCUGAAGAUCUACAUGACAGACUGGGAGCCCUUCUUGACGACGCCACCUUUUUGUAUCGACUCGACAACGCUCGAGGUGCUGAGGAUACACGCCGAUGGGAGUUUGCGCUUCGACAACCAGCCCAAGAUGGCGUCGGUGAAUCUCAACGCUUUGCUCUUCAAUGACGUAGAGGCUGUAAGCAUUGGGGCUUGCGGGAAGAAGAGCGUCUUCGACGUGGAUAACAGAAAAUGUGGCUGUCCGCUGCUGCAAGGCGAGAGAUCAUACUUCCAGCCGGUUGAUCCCGCUGAUGCUUCCAAAGGGUGCCAGCCUUGGGAGCCGGAGGGCCCGUGCGACGGGCAGUAUAUCUCGUCCAAGCACGUCAUGCUCCAAGCAUCUGGCUUCUACAACUACGCGCCGCUGCGGUUCAUGGCAGCCAACGAGGAAGAGUCGUGCGUGAGCUCGUGCUUGGAGGACUGUGCUUGCAAGGCAGCGUUCGUCUCCAGCAACUCGUCCGCGACGUGCUUCCGGGUGACCGAGUUCUACACGUUGCUCGGCAGCAGCUACAACACGACGCCGUCGUUCAAAGCGUUUCUCAAGGUUGAAAAGAAGAGGCCAUCCGCUCCGGAGAUAAUCGUCAAGCCUCAAGUCAGACCCCAUACUGGCGGCUGGAGCUCCAACGUCCAAGCCAUCGUCAUUGGCGUCUUCGUGCUGCUCUUGGCGAUGGCGACGACAAUGGUGACGUUCAUCACUUUCUACUGGAAGAGAGCUAAUGACGCUGUGGACCAGGGCCAGGCUUUGUCGUCCGAGCUACCUCGGCCCUUCUCGCUGCACGAGCUGGAGGUGGCGACCGAGAAGUUUAUCAGGGAGAUCGGGAGCGGGGGAUUCGGGUCGGUCUUCGAAGGUGUUCUUGCAGACGGGAGCCGGGUGGCCGUGAAGCGCGUGAGCGACUCCAAGCAAGUGCACAAGCUGUUUGAAGCCGAGGUGGUGGCCAUCAUCAGCAUCCACCACAAGAACUUGGUGCGGCUCCGGGGAUUUUGCUGCCCGAACUUGCUCGUCUACGAGUUCGUCGCCAAUGGUUCUCUCGACCGCUGGCUGUUUGAUGACGACAAGUUCCUGGAUUGCGAUGCCAGAUACUCGAUCGCUCUUGACAUCGCUCGAGGACUGUCAUAUCUUCACGACGGAUGCCGGACGAUGGUGCUACACUUGGACAUCAAGCCGCAGAACAUUCUCCUGGACGAGAACUUUCGAGGGAAGAUCUCAGACUUUGGGCUCUCGCGGCAAGGCGAGCUUCAAGCGGUGGACGAGAUGAUCAUCCGGGGGACUCCGGGAUACAUGGCUCCGGAGUGGCUCCACUUCCAGAUUAGCGACAAGCUCGACACCUACAGCUUUGGAGUGGUGGUGCUGGAGAUGGUCACUGGCAAGCCUGCGUGCUCUCCUUGCGGAUCGAAGUUCCUGGGUGGAGGAGUUCUCGAGAUGUCUCGAAACAAGCAAGUCGCGGAGAUCAUGGACAAGAGAAUGAGCUUUUCUUCGCAGCAAUGUUUCAAGAAGAUGGAGAAGCUGCUGAGAAUUGGAUUGUGGUGCGUCCAGAGUGAUCCUGGACAGAGACCAUCAAUGGGAUACGUCACGAAAAUGCUGGAGGGAUCCUUGGAAACGGUGGACGCUCCUCCAAUCCUUCCCAAAUUUCGAGCCGGGAAGGAGGAGGCCAUCGACAUGACAUCGUGUUCUUUAGAGUUCAUGUGCAUCAACGGCUGUAAUUCAAAUAAGGACGCGCGCGCCACAUGA